AUGGCUUCUCAAAAGAACAAGAACACUGUCAGUGAUUACAUGUCCCAACGAAAAGGUGGAGCACCAUCUAGAGUGUCUGAAAUGGGUGCUCGGUUUAUAAUUCCGACUACAGGUCGUGCCCAACCACCAAUUCCAGCCCCACGUACGGCAGAGUCGGCACCAUCUGGUAUGGGUACUCUUUUUAUAUCUCCGACAGCAGGUCAUGUCCAGAUACCAAUCGCAGCCCCUCGUACUCGAGUUAGUUAUACAUGGGAUUCAUCACCAUUAUCUUCCUCAGAGACUCUCUCAGUGAAUGCAGAAGAUGAUGAGGAUAGAGUUCCAGAGACAGAGUCAUGGAUGACUCUUGAGGAUCUGCUUCUGAGCCCGGGUCGGCAGAACAUGUUAAAACUGGUGCCUCCGUCGGACAAUGCACAAGCUGAAAGUGAUGCAUGGUUCAGCUUAAAUCAUACGGUUACGGGGCAGAUUAGGGAGAUCAUGGAGGCUGAUUUCGGAGGAUUGUAUUACAACAUGACUAACACCCCACUCGAAGUGCAAAGGCGUUGGUUUAAGUCAUUUGCACAACGUUUUAAUUGGGAUAUCAUUCACACUGAGAUUAUUCGAAAAAAGUUCAAGACGCAAGCGGGAACGCAACUAUGUGGUUUAGUUUCUGAUUGGAAAAGAGGUAUGAAGAAACCUAAGUUUAUGGGAAAUACUCUCUGGGGAAAAUUCCUUUAUCAUUAUCGGAGUGAAGACCACAAAGCUACGAGUGAUAGGAAUUCUAAGGCGAGGAAGUGCAAUACAUCUCUCCAAUGCACAUGGAAAAAGUCUUUUAUUCGACGUCGUCAUGAGAUGCGGGAUGAAAACGGUGAGUUUCCUUCACACGUCGAGCUCCUUGAAGACACACACAAGAGAAAGUUGAAUGGUGUUGUCAUUGAUCCAAUGACGGUUGAAAUUUUAGAAAAGUGUAACAAGAAGGCUGAAGAAGUGUUAUCUCAGAAGCAAGCAUGUGAGGAUGGAUCUGGCCAAAUUCAAGAACUAACUAAAGACGAGAUGAAUGCUCUGUUUAAAGAGACCGUACCAAUUAAAAGAGGGCGUUGUUAUGGUAUGGGUUCAGUUUCAGAGUGUAUUAUGGGUUCUUUAUCUUUCACUCCGAGCCCCGUGAUUACAACUCUUCAGACGCAUCUCCAAUCAACUCAAGAUGAGUUUCAUGAGACAAAAAAUGUGUGA